UCAAUUGUCAUUCUCUUCCCAUAAACUCCAAAAAACUUCCAUUUCACUUUCAUCACUAAAAAUUAGAAUUUAAACCAAAACUCCAAAACCAAAAAAAACACAUACAUUCUCAAACUUUCCACACAUCAAUUCCCUUUCACUCCUUAUUCUCUUUCUUAUUGUCACCUCCGCGUUCAUACACAACACAAUAUUAAAAAAAAUCUCUGCUAUAUAUAUAUAAAACACCAUUUUUUCUUCUCUUCAAUCUUCAUUUUCUCAAAAAUUCCUCUCUUUUCUCAAAUUUUCUCAUCGACCCAUGUUUUAAUUCACCAUUUUCCAAAAAGGGUCAGUCCAAAAAUCAAAAAUUUCCUCCAUUUUAUAUCCAAACUUACAAAUUUUUAAAAAUGCAUAACCCAAACUUAUGGGGUGGAAAUUAUGAAGUUCAAAUUAUAAACAAAGAUGUUGAAGAUGAAAGAAGUAGAGAAAUGGAAAAUUGGGAUAGAGCAAGUUUAUUAUAUCAAGAACAACUUCAUCAAAAUGGUCAUAAUAAUAGUCAUGAAUUAGAUCAUGUACAACAAAGUUGGCUUUUAGCACCUCAAGAAAGUCGCAAAAACAGGAAGAAUAUGUAUGUUGAUUUAGGGUGCAUUGUUGUGAAGAAGAAGUUCCUCAAAUGGGUAUUUUGGUCAUUUCUUAUUGCAUUCAUUUUGAUAGCUAUGCCUAUUAUUAUUGCAAAGUCUUUGCCUAAGCAUAAACAUGGACCUCCUCCUCCUGAUAAUUACACUCUUGCCCUUCAUAAGGCUCUUCUCUUCUUCAAUGCCCAAAAAUCGGGGAAAUUGCCCAAGAAAAAUGGGAUAGCAUGGAGAGGAAAUUCAGGAUUAAAAGAUGGAUCAAAGUUAAGUGAUGUUAAAGGAGGUUUAGUUGGGGGAUAUUAUGAUUCAGGAGAAAAUACAAAGUUUCAUUUUCCUAUGGCAUAUGCAAUGACAAUGCUAAGUUGGAGUGUAAUUGAAUAUCCUCACAAGUAUGAAGCCAUUAAUGAGUAUGAUCAUGUUCGCGAGCUUAUCAAAUGGGGUACUGAUUACUUGCUCUUAACCUUCAAUAGCUCGGCGAAUCUAAUCGAUCAUGUUCAUAGUCAGGUUGGUGGUGCACAAAAUGGAUCCACUGUUCCAAGUGAUAUGACAUGUUGGGAAAGGCCAGAGAAAAUGGACUAUGAACGGCCCGUGCAAACUAGCUUUGCAGGUGCCGAUCUAGGCGGAGAAAUGGCUGCGGCCUUAGCAGCAGCCUCUAUAGUCUUCCGCGACAAUAGGGCUUACGCGAAGAAGCUCAUCAAAGGGGCAGAAACAGUAUUUCGCUUUGCUAGAGAUGAGGGCAAAAGAGCCCCUUAUAGCAGGGGGAACCUAUAUAUUAGCCCUUACUACAACUCCACAGGGUAUUAUGAUGAGUACAUGUGGGGUGCUACUUGGUUGUAUUAUGCUACCGGGAAUUCUACCUAUGGUUCGUUGGCUACGAAUCCCGGGAUUCCUAAGAAUGCAAGGGCGUUUAGGAUGAACACGAACACGAGCUACUUGAGCUGGGACAAUAAGUUGCCUGCUUCAAUGUUGUUGUUGACAAGGUUUAGGAUGUUUUUGAAUCCUGGGUACCCUUAUGAGCAGACUUUGAUGCAAUACCAUAAUGUGACACAGCUUAAUAUGUGUUCAUACAUGAAGCAAUUCCAUGUUUACAACUGGACUCAAGGAGGAUUGAUAGAGCUGAACAAUGGAGGCCCAAAGCCAUUGCAGUACGUAGCAAAUGCUGCAUUUUUGGCUAAUCUUUUUGCAGAUUACAUGGACUCUACUGGUGUUCCUGGAUGGUAUUGUGGCCCUUAUUUUCUUCGUCAAUCCGAUCUUCGAAGAUUUGCUACAUCUCAGGUUGACUAUAUCUUGGGCAAGAACCCAUUACAUAUGAGCUAUGUGGUAGGCUUUGGAAACAAGUACCCGAAACACGUACAUCACAGGGCUGCAUCAAUACCCCACAAAAACGGUGUGAAAUACUCUUGUAAAGGAGGAUACAAGUGGAGGGAUAGCAAAAAGCCUAACCCAAACACAAUUGUUGGGGCAAUGGUAGGGGGGCCGGAUCGCUUUGAUCGGUUCAAAGAUAACCGAAAACUAGACCGCUACACGGAGCCUACAUUGGCUGGAAAUGCUGGUCUAGUGGCGGCUCUUAUCUCAUUGACUACCACUGCGGGUUCUGGAGUGGACCGGAACUAUAUAUUUUCGGGUGUUCCCCCACUUUAUACCCCGGCUCCACCACCCCCAGCACCAUGGAGGCCUUGAGAGAAUGGAAAGAUUGAAAUGGAUUUUGUAUAUGAAGGGGUGGUGAAUUUGAUUCAAUUCAUAAUUUUGAUUGAUUUUUCAGCUAGGAUUUAACCAUCUUAGAAAGGUUCAUUGUUUAUAUGCACAGGGAUCGAUAAAUUUUGGAAAUUUUAUGGAGCCUCAAUUAUUUUGUUAUUGGUUGCUUUGCACGCCCAUUUAUCGCUUUGAUUAGUGGCUUAUGGACAUUAAACAAUCUCAAUGUUUGCUCU